UUUUAUUUUCCCCGUGGUGGGUGGGCCCUUCCUGCCUCAGAGUGACGGUGACAGAAGGACCCAGACCUUUAAUCCUGUUUCGCAGCAGGUUUAACAGGAGAGCGGCUGCAGCAGCCCGGGAAUGACCAUGGAGAAAAUCCUGAAGGCAGAGCUGAACACCAACAUUCUGAAGGCUGUGGGCAGCUCGGGGGGAGGAUGUAUCAGCCAGGGCCAAACGUAUGAGACAGACAGCGGGCGGGUGUUCGUGAAAAUCAACCACAAACCUCAGGCUAGAAAAAUGUUUGAAGGGGAAAUGGCAAGUUUGGAAGCCAUCCAGAAAACCAACACUGUGAGAGUGCCUCAGCCCAUUAAAGUGAUUGACCUGCCUGGAGGAGGAGCAAUGUUUGCCAUGGAGUACCUGAAGAUGAAGCACCUCAGCAAAUAUUCCUCAAAGCUGGGAGAGCAGAUAGCAGAGCUUCAUCUUUAUAACCAGAAACUUGGAGAGAAGCUGAGGAGUGAGGGAAGCACAAUUGGAAAAGGAGCCGGUCACUCUGAGUCCCAGUAUGUGGAUAAGUUUGGAUUCCACACAACCACCUGCUGUGGUUACAUACCACAGGUGAACGAGUGGCAGAGUGACUGGCCAACCUUCUUCAUCCGUCACCGACUCCAGGAUCAGCUGGAUAUGAUUGAAAGGGAUUAUGGAGACAGAGAAGCCAGAGAACUUUGGUCACAGCUGAAACCAAAGAUCCCUGAAAUGUUCUGUGAUGUGGAAAUUGUUCCCUCUCUCCUGCACGGGGACCUGUGGGCCGGGAAUGUGGCUGAGGACAGCUCCGGGCCCAUUAUCUUUGACCCCGCCUCCUUCUACGGCCACUCGGAGUUCGAACUGGCCAUUGCUGGGAUGUUUGGGGGCUUCAGCAGCUGUUUUUUCUCUGCCUAUCACAGCAAAAUACCCAAAGCUCCAGGAUUUGACAAACGAAACAAGCUCUAUCAGCUCUUUAAUUACAUAAACCACUGGAACCAUUUUGGGACAGGGUACAGGGGCUCUACCCUAAACAUGAUGAGAAAACUCCUAAAGUAACCAGGUAGGUUUGAGAAAUUCCAACAUAUUCUCUUAGGAAUGGGCAGCCCCUGCUCAUCCAAAGUACCACAAACUCGGAAUUGGUGGUGAAACACCUGACAUGGAAUAGGCUUAGUGGACUUUUGAGCCUCGCUAAUUAAGAGCAAUUGUGUAAUUUUUAACUUGAGCACUAAUUUCCCAGCACAGAUUCCUCCCCUGCUGAAGGACAGGGCUGUAUUGUUUGUGGAGGGCCCACUGGGUUGUAAAAGCAGCAGGACAGUCAGCCUGACUCUGCUGUCUCACCUCAUAGCUGCUGUUUUCCCACAGUUGUUCCACAGCAGCAUCUUCCCACUCCUGCUGCUCCAUCAGCAGUUUGUUAUGGAGAGCUGCAGUUGUGGGACUGUGGUGCUGGAAGUAGCAAUGAGUUCCUUACUGUUCUGUUUAGUUUUCUGUCCCUGUUCCCAUCCCUUUUCCCAUAAAUAUUUCUACAGUCUUCCCUUUUCCUUUCCUUUCUCAUGUCAAGUGUCCUAAUCCAAAGUUCCAAUCAGAUUCUGUGAAUCUGAAGAUGAAAACAUUGUCUUUUUGGUUUAACGAGCAGACAAGGCCCUUUGGCUGCACUUGCAAACAUAUGUAAUUAAUAAUAUUUCUAAUAUUUAAUUUAAUGUAAUUUACUCUCAGGCUUUUGUUUUUCUCUUGCUGUGAGAACUGAAAUUCCAGUGGUAUUUCCUAAAAAAGGAUAUCUAGUUCCUUGGUAAUUAACUGUAUGAUCAGAAGUGGGUUGUUACCACCUGAGUUUGAUAACAUUUCAUAGAUUUAGUGUGAUAUUUCAGUGUGUUGUACUACAAUAGUAACAUAUUUAAAUAACUUUGUAAAAGGACAGCAAAAUGUGGGAGAGAGGCUCCAUAUUUUGGUGACAAGAAGCACCUGUGGCUGCUGGGUUGGUCAGUGCUUGAUGUAUUUUCAGUUUUAGAAGAUGAGGUGCAGUGGGCAAAGCUGGUCUGUUGUGCCACCGCUGGGUUAUGGAAGGAACAGUGCCAAAUCCACUUUGUAAGGGUUUUAUUGUUCCUCACUGCUUUAUUUUUACAGAAAACACGGGCAGUGGGAAUUUGGGGAGAAAACUGUUCAGCAAAGACAGCGGUUACGAUGUGAGCUAGGGUGCAUUAGUGAAUCUGUGGGGUUUUAAUGGGAGAAAGUUGUAAAGAAAGUAAAAGUAAGUGCAGUUCCACAAGUAUUUAUGUGAAUUUGAAGAUUUGGCUAAGAAUGGCCUCACUAUUUAGGCUUCUGACUGUUGUCAUGACAAGUACUAAAAUAUAAUAUUCAAAAUGCUAGAAUAUGUUUAGACUUUUUUGCACUUUAAAUGGUUGUGCUAUAAAGAUUUCAUAAAGUUUAAAGUUUGAUGUUGUAAUUGGUACAGUUUAAAACAAUGCACUUUGUUCUCUGUAAAUAGGGUACAAAUAGGGAAAAAUUGUUACUUCCUUCGAAUCAGGGGAAUCUGUCACGGUUGGUUAUAAAACUUACUAGAACUGGAACAGUGGAAAAGUGGAAUAGUAGAGUUAGGACACAGCUGGAAUUGUAGCUGAUGGCUGGAAGAUCCAGGUUUGGGAAAGAGCAGAGUGCAUGUGCACUGGUGUUCAUGGAUGUGAACAAACUCACCUGUAUUACACUGCUGUGAACUUAAACUUCUUCUCAAAUAAAACACUUGCCUUGCA